AUGCCGUCUUCAAAACGCAUCUUCUCGAAUCGUGCCGUUCCCAGGGCAAUCGCUCAGUCGUGGUGUGCAUCACUGAGGGUACCCUCUCAUCGCUGUUAUUCUUCAGUCGUCGGCGAGACCAAAGUCGACCAAACAAAGCAAUCAAACGAUCCAUCCAAAUCGAAGAAAAGUGACCAUGAAGCACAUGCGCAGAUGGCAACGUCGGGCGAAGGCAGAGAUCAUCCCGCAAAGCAGCCGGAUCCACAACCAAGUCCAAGCAAAUCAACUGGAUUUGAGAAAGAAGGACCACGCUCGAGAGCUGGAGCAGGCCAGGACAAGGACGUCGAGAAAGAUCGCGGAGCUGGCCCUUUCAUGAAGCAGUGA